AUGAAAAUUGAAACUGUUGCUGAAUUGAUGAAAACUGACUUGGAAGAUGGUCUCAAGGAAUCCGUUAUUCAAGAAAAACGUACUCAGUAUGGCUCAAAUGAAAUGGAGGGAGAUGGCGGUGUUAAUCCUAUCAAGCUUUUAUUGAAGCAAUUCUUGAAUGUCAUGGUAUUGAUCUUGGUCAUUGCAAUGGCUGUUUCUUUUGCAUUCAAAGAUUGGGUUGAAGGUGGUGUCAUUGCUUUUAUUAUGAUCUUGAAUGCCGGUAUUGGUUUUGCUCAAGAAUUCAAGGCUGAAAAGACAAUGGAAUCACUUCGACAAAUGGCUUCUCCUACUGCUCAAGUCAUUCGUGAUGGUCAUGAAAAAACAAUUCCUACAAAAGACUUGGUUCCCGGUGAUAUUGUUAUCCUCUCCAAUGGUGAUGUGGUUGGUGCAGAUUGUCGAGUUGUAGAUGCCUUUAAUAUGGAUAUUGAUGAAGCAUUACUUACAGGCGAAUCACUUCCAGUUAGUAAAGUAAACGAUGUUCUUGAAUCUGCUGAAGUUCCACUAGGUGACCGUAUCAACAUGCUUUACUCUAGUACCACACUUGUCAAAGGACGUGGUCGAGGCAUUAUUACUGCAACUGGUAUGCAGACUGAAAUUGGUAAAAUUGCAAAACGUCUGUUGACAAGUGACGAUAAUGCUCGUACACCUCUUCAAAAAUCACUGGAUCGAAUGGCACUUGUGCUUUUGGUCAUUGCCAUUAUUGCCUUGAUUAUCGUGUUUGGCGCUGCAAAAUUCAAAGUGGAUGAUCAAGUGGUUUUAUAUGCUAUUUCUACUGCGAUUGCUGUGAUUCCUGAAGGCCUUAUUGCCGUUGUCACAUUGACUCAAGCAUUCGGUGUCAAUGCGAUGGCUAGAGCCAAUGCCCUUGUGCGUCGCUUAGUGGCACUUGAAAACUUGGGUGCAGUUACCAACAUUUGUUCUGACAAGACUGGUACAUUGACACAAUCCAAGAUGGUCUUGACUCGUUUCUGGCGACCUGAUACUGGUUUUUAUUCUGUGAGCGGUCUUGGCUUUAAUAUUGAAGGUGACGUUUGUUCUGAAGAAACUCAAGAGAAAAUGACACAAGACACUAUGAAUUUUGGUUUGCGUCAAUUGGUUCAAACUGCUGCUCUUUGUAACAUGAGUCAAGUACGUCAAGAUCAUGAAACCAAUGAAUGGUACGGCCUUGGUGAUCCUACUGAAGUGGCGCUGCAAGUAUUUGCUCACAAACUGUACAUGAGCAAACCUGCCUUGACUGAAAAAGGCUGGAAACUCAAGACUGAAUUCCCUUUUGAUUCUUCAAUUAAGCGCAUGAGUGUUCUUUGUGAGUCAGAUGAUGGUAGCACAAUGGCUUUUUUGAAAGGUGCGACUGAGCGUGUACUUAAUUGCUGUACUGGUAUCCAAUUAUCAAGUCAAGAUGUUGUGAAGCCCAUGACGACAUCAGAACUUGAAGAACUGGUUUUACCCAAAGUCGAAAACUUGGCUGAAAAUGGUCUCCGUGUCCUCACAUUGGCCUACAAACGUGUUGUGCAGGAAGAAAAAGGUGAAAUGUCUCGUGAAGAUGUUGAAAAAGACAUGGUCUUUUUGGGUCUUGUUGGUAUCUACGAUCCUCCUCGAGCUGAAUCAAAGGGUGCUGUAGAGAAAUGCCAUCGUGCUGGUAUCACUGUUCAUAUGUUGACUGGCGAUCAUUUUGCUACUGCCAAGGCCAUUGCUCGUGAAGUGGGCAUUAUUCCUGCUGAUGGAAGUAAAGAUGACCUAGUGAUGUCUGCUCAAGCCUUCGAUAAACUUUCUGAAGAACGCAUCGAUGAAUUACCUGAACUUCCUCUGGUCAUUGCCCGUUGUAGUCCUGAUACCAAAGUCAAGAUGAUUGAAGCACUUCAUCGUCGUAAAUGUAUUACUGCCAUGACAGGUGAUGGCGUGAAUGAUAGUCCUUCUCUAAAGGAAUCGGAUAUCGGCAUUGCGAUGGGUCAAGGUGGUUCCGAUGUAGCCAAGCAAGCUUCGGAUAUUAUUCUGGUAGAUGAUAACUUUGCUACUAUUGUAGAUGCUGUUGAAGAAGGAAGACGUGUGUUUGCCAACAUUUCUAAAUUCGUGGUCCAUAUGGUCUCUGUCAAUGUGGCUGAACUGACACCUCUUAUCCUUUGUCUGGCCUUUAGAAACGGUAAUGAAAUUGUGUAUCCCUUAUCACCUAUUCAGAUUCUGUUCAACAACUUGAUCACAAGUGCUCCUCCAGCCAUGGCUUUGGGCCUUGAGCCUGUUCAUCCUAAGCAAAUGUCUGUACCACCUCGUACCGAAAAAGAGUCCUUGUUCUGUUAUCGCAACAUUAUUGAUAUCUUGUAUUAUGGUAUCAUGAUGGGUUUGAUCUGUUUGGCCAACUAUGCUAUUGUUAUUUAUGGCUAUGGAAGUGGUGAUCUUGGUAUUGACUGUAACAAAUCACUUAAUCAAAACGAAUACCGCGACACCUGUAUAGAUGUCUAUCAUGCCCGUGGUGCCUUGUUUGUCAAUAUGACUGUCUUGUUGUUGCUUCAUGCCCAAACGUGUCGAGACUUAAUGAUGCCUACUUGGACCUGGAAAGGAUUCACUCGUAGACAAAAUUAUUACAUGUAUGCCUCUUGGGUCUUUGGUUUUGGUAUCAUGUUUAUUGUACUCUAUGUGCCUGUUAUCAAUACAGAAGUAUUCAAGCACUUGGGUAUCAGUUGGGAAUGGGGUAUGGCAGCUGCUUCUACCAUUGUAUAUAUUAUUUUAGUUGAACUUUACAAAUGGAUCAAAAGAAAGAUCUUUUCUAUCAAACGAUAG